AUGUCGCGGAGGCCGCAUUACCAUCGAUGUGGACACACACCUUGUAAUCGAGACGAAGACAAGCGAUGGUUCAUGCUUGAGGUCAAGAUGCACGGCAGAACCCUGACCAUCAAUGUGUGCCCAGAGGAAUUCCAUAACUCGCCCACGAGACUUGAUGAAUUCACUCAGUACCUCGAGAUGCUGCAAUUAGACUUGGAGGGAGAAUGGCUUUCAGAUGAGGAGGAAAAUGACGAUGUACACGGAGGCGGCGAAUCUCCCAUGCAACGCCCGAUGCUGGACUUAAGUCUGGAUGGCUGUUAUGAGUGGGCCAUCAGGCCCUUUUUGCCGUUGUUGGAGGAGCUUGCCCCACCACCAAGUGACGCCGCAACGAUCACCCUGCAGCAGUUUUUCAGCGGCGAAUACUUUGAAGCCGGCCUGAAAGCCAUUGACGAUAUCUUACACCCAGGCGUCAUUCAUACGAGGGACAAUAUGGACAGUGUAUUUGGUAAUGCAGGAACUCUGUGGAAGACAGCAUGCCCCACCUUUCAAGCAAGAGAAGUGGAAGUCCUCUCAAACGAUCCAACAUAUAUCCUCGUUGACGAGCCGACCAAGGUUCGGGUCCAGGGCAAAGAGCUGUUUUUCAAGGCUUUCCAGGAUCCAGACGAUAGCAUUGGGGCUCAUGAGGUCCUAACUCUCGAAAAGAUAUCAAAGGCAAGCUUCAACCCGCAAGAGGUGCGCACAUCACAUCUAUACGGCAUCGUCCAAGACGACAAAUCGCAUGUCAUCGGCCACUUGUUGCACUAUAUCCAGGUUGACGACACAUUGUACGACAAGGUUAUUGAGCUAGGAUCUCUCGGCAGCGAUGUGAAAGAUAAGUGGAAGAGACAGGUGACGGAUACAGUGGAAGCACUCCACAGGGCUGGCAUCGUCUGGGGCGAUGCGAAGGCAAGCAAUGUCUUGGUGGAUACCGCCGCGGACGCGUGGGUUAUCGACUUUGAAGGCGGUCGGACGGAUGGAUGGGUUGACCGUGACAAAGCAGGCACUAUCGAAGGAGAUUUGCAAGGCCUUCGAGCAAUCAUAGUCUUUAUUGGCACAGGGAGAGAGCCUGUAAUCAUGGCCUGA